UUAGGCUACCAGUCUAAGUGUCAUUGCUCUCGCUUCGGAUGCAAUCGGCUAGGAUUUGAGCAUAUGCAGUGCCCUGAAAGAAUUAACGCAGUCGGACGAAACUCUUGAGGAUUGACGAAGAUCGCUCUGCACAAUCAUGGCUUCUCUCAGACGGUUUUUCCACACCGAGAAGUCGUCGGGAACGCCCCAUGAUGAUCGAGACAGUCGGACAAAAUCUUUGGGGAGCGAUCAACAAUCCGCCGCAUUCUCUACGACGAUAACCUCACAUCCCCGCGGUUCCCAGAGCGGACCCUUUGAGCCAGCUCACAACAUGCGUGCACGCCCUACGACAUCUUAUUCUCAACCACCGUCCUCACUCCCUUCGAGUCCAAGGCCAGACAAAAUUCCUCGGCAUGUUGACUUGCUUGACGCACUGUUCACUUCGCAUCGAUAUCAUAUACAGUGCCCUACUUCUUUAUCGCCAAUUACUCCUUACAAUGAGGACAUCGCGGAAAGGAACAUGGCUUUUUUCCUCAAGGGAACGUUUCUUCCCAAGGUGGUGUAUCCCCGUCCCACUUCUUUACAAGGAGAUGUCGCAAGAAACGUGUUCGGAAGGAACAGCCGUUCUUUCACACGCAGUACGAGUACACGACCUCAAUCAGCACAGGGGUUGCCUCCCCAGUCGACUGAUCAAAACGGAAAGGAUUUCACAAAAGGCCGGCCUCGCUUGCGGGCUAGGGAAGGCCGUGUAGCAACAUCGACUUCCAAGUUAUAUGCUCGUACCGCGUCUUGCGCGCACAAUGACUAUCCAGAGUCGCCGACGGAAAUGAGCUCUCAAAGAAGCUCUCUGCGCUCACAGAGAUCAGCACCUAAUCUAGUGGCCGGACGGCCCACAACUUCUGAUACAGAGCCCCCGACACCCAGCAAUGGCUUCCUUGGUGUGCCUCCAGCUUACAAGCAAGGCCGCAGAUGGAGCACUACUCCUCUCCCAGAUAGUCCCACCAUCCCAUUGUCAAUAAGCCAUGACCAGAGUCUGAGCGAGGAUGAGUCAACCCAUGGCACAACCGGCGUCACCCAGACUUCCAAGGAUCAUUCUCAGGCCGCUUCUUCUCGAAUUCAUUCUAAAAAGAACGUCCGCGAUCUUUCCAUCAAUACAGAGCUUGCAGCUCGAAGAAAUCCCACCUCAAGAGCAACGCACCGUGCCAUCCAGCCACCGACUCCUAAUACAACUGAGUCAGCACAACAUAUGAGUAUUGCAGAGAUUAUGAACAGCCCCUUGCCGGUGGCUUCACCCACAGCAGUCUCGCCUUUACCUCCCGCUACUGAGAAGGUUGCGGAAAUUAUGGACAUGUUUCGACAGGCUUAUACGUCCUCGCCGGUCAUGACACCUCACCCAACGUUUGAAACUCUUCAAGAUGCUAUCAUCCGUGAAAUCAAUUCCCAUGACGCCUUCAAACGGUUGACAUUUCCCGAAACGGAAGGCUUUCUUACACCCUCUCCCUCGCAGGAGUCGUUCGAUAAGGGUCUGAGCGUGCCGCUAUACCCUAAUACGGGAUCUGAAAGAGGCCCUAAUGCGAAAGAAGGUCAACUCCUCAAGUUGAUCCGAAAGAGUUCCUUUAGAAAGCAUAAAAGAAACUCGGAACAACGUAGGAGCAUCUCGACAAGUGUACCAACGACAGCCAUACCUCAAGUGUCAGAAGGGACCAUUCGACGGAGGCACACCGAUGCCCCGUUACCAUCAGACCAAGUCUUGAGCAAAGCAGUCGCGGGUGAGGACAGCCUCGAGGAACCCGAGAUGCCCAUGACCUACAUGGAUCUGUUGCUGCGGUCUGAGGAAGCUGCAUCUGACAUUGCCUCGAAGAAAGCCUUUCGCUUAUCUGGAAACACGACCCAGUCCACGUCCACGCAGUCCCUCUCGUGCGAGAAGGCGGAUCGCUCCAGGCCGUCGCCAUCCAUUCUCUACAUGCGCGCCCACGGCUCCGAUUCCAUACAGGGAUCCCGAUCCAGCUUUUCCGACGACGAGAGUGACGAGGAAAUUAUUGAACUACCAAGCCUCGAGCCUCCGGAAGUCAUUAUCCAUGGCGUCGACUACGAACAUGCGGCGGUCCCCACUGCGCAGAGCACAACUAUCAAAAGCCCUUACCGGAUCAUGAGCUGGCCGCGCAAACCCACCGAAAAUAUCUUGAACGUGAACUAGCUUUCUUCUCUCUCUUCUCUCUUCAAGCGCUUCUCUUCCAGGCUCCCGAGAUCCGACAACUCAAGCUGUCUGACCUACUACCCUCCAUCCAUUCUUGUGGAGGGCAGUCCUUCUCAAAUGAGACCGUUUCAUGAUACCCAUCUAUAU